UUUUUUUUUCAUAGCUGAAGUUAAUCAUGUAAUUUUAUUUUUUUGUCGAUAUUGCUUGGUUUAAAUUUCUUAAGUAAAAUGAGUUGACGGAGAGCAGGGCAAACAAUGGUAUUGAGCAGCAGCAGCACGAUGAAGAGAUUCUCAGGGAAGGUGGCGGUGGUGACGGCGUCGACGCAGGGGAUAGGCUUUGCCAUUGCACUUCGCCUGGGGAUGGAGGGCGCCUCUGUUGUUGUCUCCUCUCGCAAGCCCACCAAUGUCGACAACGCCGUUCAACAGCUCGCAGAUCAUGGCAUUACCGAUGUUCUCGGCGUCCCGUGCCAUGUAUCCGACGCACAACAAAGGAAACGGCUCAUCCAGUCCACUUUAGAUAAAUAUGGUCACAUAGACAUUCUAGUUUCAAAUGCAGCUGCUAAUCCAACUGUGGAUCCCAUUCUAGAGAUACCAGAGCCCGUUCUUGAUAAACUUUGGGAGAUUAACGUUAAAGCCACUGUUCUUCUUGUUCAGGAGGCUGUUCCUCACAUGCCAAGAGGGUCAUCAAUUACAAUGAUUUCAUCUAUUGCUGCUUACCAACCACAAGCAACCAUGACCAUGUAUGGGGUUACAAAAACUGCUCUUCUAGGGCUUACAAAGGCUCUUGCUGCUGAACUGGCACCAGAUAUACGAGUUAAUACUGUAGCUCCUGGCUUUGUACCUACACACUUUGCUGACUUUCUUGUUCGCAAUGAAGACAUCAAAAAGGCGAUUGAAGAGAAAACUUUACUUGGUAGACUGGGUAAAACAAGUGACAUGGCUUCAGCUGUUGCCUUUUUAGCAUCCAGCGAUGCAUCAUACAUAACAGGAGAAACAUUGGUUGUAGCUGGAGGAGUACCAUCAAGGCUCUAAAUUUGAAUUCUUAAUUUUUUGUGGCUUUUUUGCCCAAGUUAUUUAAUGUUAAAAUUAUUGGAAUAUAUUUUACUCCAUAGAUGACAAUUUGGACAAACUUGACAUAUUUAAGGUACAUAGGAACAAAUUUUCCCGAAUUAUGCAAUAAAUUGCUAGCUGCUUUUUCCAUGGAAGCAUUAUUAGUUUAAUACUAUUUUCUGCAGUCAAUAAAUGCGAUUUCAUGUUGUA